CGUCACCAGGUGUGCACGCAUUUUAAGCACAUUACAGAAGACCGGCUAAACUGUCAAGACAAUUUGCUGUUCAACUUAAAAAAUGACGACCACAAAUCUUUAUUCGGGUUAUAAUGAAGCGGGAAAGUCGUCUUCUAGGGUGUUGCAACCACCAGGAGGAGGCUCAAGCAACAUUUUUGGUGGCCCAGAACCAACGCCACAGCAGCAGGCUAAUAGGGCUGUACAACAGCAGUAUGAAGGCGAACAGCAACAGCAGUAUCAAGGUGGACAGCAACAGCAGUAUCAAGGUGGACAGCAACAGCAAUAUCAAGGUGGACAACAGCAUGGCGGUGGCGCCAACCCACAUAUGGAUGCCAAAGAAGAGUAUCAGAGAAACAAACCCAAGGGCAGAGCUGAAGCUCCAUUUGCAAGUUUCGACGAGAGUGGAAAACAUUCACGACCAACUCAGUUUGACAAGUGUGACGAUUCAUCUCAGAAUGACGCAGAUUUCCGUAGUUACUCGGUAACAGCCUAUCGUGAUGCCUUGGCUCAGAACCAGGCUAUUAAGUUGAGGGCCAGCGGUCAAGCGGCUGGAAGCUUCAACCCAAUAACUCAUGCCGAGGGUGGGAAUGAGUCUAACCAGCAGCCCCAGAGACCCCCCCACCAGCAGCAAUCUCGCCCCGCACCAGUAGACGCCGGGGACGAGCAGCCCCGCAGAAUGGUGCGAGGCCAAAACAACCAGCCUAAGAAAGUGCAGUACAAUCCGAUCACAGGAGAAGAGUACCCUGCAGACUAUGGACAACAGAAUGAGGAGGAUAAUAAGGGAGAGGAGGCCGAGAAAACAACAGUGGAAGACAGUGACUCCCAGAACGCCAGAAGCACACCAACAGAAACCCCAACAGAAGCUGCCCCCUCCGAGGAGGAGGUCCCCGCCCAGGAGGAGGUCAACACUUUGCCUGCACCCAAGCCCACGUCAGUACGUGUUCGACAACCCCCAGGUGGAAAGUCUUCCGGGCUCUGGUGAUUACGCCCUUAUGUUAGGAUUCAUUUUUUGUCAGUUUUGUGAAUGUGCUUUCAAAAGGCGUUUUUGGGAAAUAGGGAGUACAUUUUAUAAAGUCAAUAUGCAUGCCAGUUUUUGUCAUAUAAUGAUGUAUUUGUCUUGUAUAGAGUUUUCAUGCUAACAUGCAAUUUUAAAACUAGUAGUGUUUAAUAUUUUAGUCACAUUUUACCAAAUUUAGUUAAAAAAGAAAUACUCAAAUUUUGUUUGCUAUUGUUUUCAUGUUUUUGUUAACAAGUAAUUGAUGGGAUAGGUAUGUAUUUUUAUCACUCGCAAUCAAUCAAUAUUUCAUCUGUUGUUAGCCUCAGUUGAUUUUCGGCCCCUCUGUCUGUUUAGCUCCUUGUCUGUAAAAGUAGUUGUUUCAACAGUUAAUUGUGUUCUGUAUAUGUGUGGUUCUAUGCCACUAAGUUUAAGGGUUUCACUUUCAAUUAUACAAAAGCAAUAAUUUGGGACCAUGUAAAAGCCUUGAGUUAACCUCAAAAGUUGAUUUCAUUCCAAUUUAGUUUCGUAAUAAAUUUCAUGUUUGUUUAGUUAUGAAUACAUAAACCAUGACCAGAUUUCUUACCAUUGCUCACUUGUGCUACUCUUUAACAUGUGUGGUUUUUGAAGGGGCUUGUUCAAGAGCUGUGUAAUAAUAGUGUAUGAAAUCGCUUAUUUUUGCGAGCUCUGUAGCCAUCAAAAGUUUUAAGUUCUGAUUUAUGUUGUGGCUGCGCUAUUUCACUAAAGUGCUGCUUUUAAUGAUCAAAUAAACACAUUAUAUUAUUGCUUACUUUUCUGUGAUAUACAUUACCUAUUUUUGUGACAUCUGCUGAUUUCGAUGAGAAAGAAUAUUCAGUUUUGUCCAUUCAUGCAAUGUAAUGUAAAUGCUAGAUAAAUUAUGAUUUCUGUAAAUUUUGAAUACUAGUGAUCAAACAACUCUCGUCAUCAAUUUACAGUUGUGACAGUUUUCUGUAAUGUCAUUUUCGGAGAGCUUAGUGGAAUAAGUGAUCUAAUUUUUCCAAUAGGAUCUGAUAUUGAGAGAUUGUUACUGUGCACCAGUUAUCAAAAUUGCAUUUAUUUUAUGUAUAUUUGCCAUUACAUAUUUUGCCACUCUUCAAUGUCGGAGUCCAGUAAUAAAUCUUUUAAUUGCUAA